CAGAAACGGGGGGAGGACGGUGGAUGAUUUUUGCCAUAAAAGUUGCAUUACAACCAAUUUAAGAGUUGCGGCCAAGAGGAAUAAAACAAGAUGAUAACGCCCCACUUCCUAGAGAAUUUCUGGGGUGACAAAAACAAUGGCUUCGACGUGCUCUACCAUAACAUGAAGCAUGGCCAGAUUUCCUCCAAGGAGUUGACGGACUUCAUCCGAGAAAGGAGCACGAUUGAGGAAGCCUAUGCCAGGUCCAUGACCAAACUUGCCAAGUCAGCGGGCAACUUCUCUCAGCUCGGGACUUUUGCGCCGGUGUGGGAUGUGUUCAAGACCUCGACCGAGAAGCUGGCCAGCUGCCACAUGGAGCUGGUGAGGAAACUACAGGAACUCAUAAAAGAGGUCCAGAAGUACGUGGAGGAGCAGGCCAAAGCACACAAGAAGACGAAGGAGGAGGUGGCGUCCACGCUGGACGCGGUGCAGAACAUCCAGACCACCUCGCAGGCUCUGCAGAAGUCCCGGGAGAUCUACAACGCCAAAACUGUGGAGCAGGAGCGCCUCCGCAAAGAGGGGGCCACCCAGAGAGAUGUGGACAAGGCGGGAGUGAAAGCCAAAAAAGCCACAGAGACCUACAAGUCCUAUGUGGAGAAAUACGCCGCCGCCAAGUCGGAGUUCGAACAGAAGAUGGCGGAAACCGCACAGAAAUUCCAAGACAUCGAAGAAAACCACAUCCUCCACAUGAAGGAGAUCAUUCAGUCGUACUCGCGGUCCGUCGACGAAACGCACAUCCAAAUAGGAGAGGUCCACACAGAAUUCGUGAGGAACAUCGAGAACACCUCGGUGGACAGCUUGAUACACAAGCUGGCGGAGAGCAAAGGAACGGGCAAAGAGAGACCAGGACCCAUUGAGUUCGAGGAGUGCAAUGCAGCUAUUGCUACUGAAGGUGCCAAACCCAGGAAGAGAAAACCAUUUGGCAUCCCAGGUCGAAAGAAAGACAAGGACACCGACUCCACGGAGUCGACAGAAGUCGAACCUGCUAACACGGCCAACGGCGCUCCCCCCGGAUACUACGGCGCCAUAGACAUCCAGAAUGCUAAUGUUCCCCAAGUCGACGCAGACGGUUUCUGCAUCCGACCGGAAGGAAAUGAAAACAAUGCCAAAGAGAAUUCCUUCUACUCGUCCAGCGACUCGGAGAACGAGGACGAGCCCAGGAAGUUCCACGUGGAAAUCAAGCCCGUCCAGCCAAACAACGACACGCUCCAGAACCGAGCCACCAUCGACGAGCUCAAAGCCUCCAUUGGGAACAUCAUCCUGUCGCCCUCCACCUCGGCACAGAUGCGGAGGAACCAGUCCAGGAUGAAAAGAGCUGCUACAUUAGGCUCUGAGCCUCAGGGUCCCGGCGACGAGCUGGGAAGAACCAGAGCGCCAACGCCAUACGAACUGACGAACAACGACCUUCUGUCUCUGGACCCGUUCGGCCCGACUCUCGCGGCAGGCUCCUCCUCCUCUGUUUCCUCAUCAACAGACCUCGCCUCUAUCUUCCUUUCAAUCCCUCCAUCUCCAUCUUUUCGGAGGAGUGACUCUGACGAUGUCUUUCUGCCAGAGGCCUCAGCUGAGCCGGUGACCCAAUGGGAGCGCCCCCCUCCCCUGGCAGAGAGCCAACAGUCCAAAGACGUCUCCUCUUUCUCCCCGUCCACAUCCUCUCCCUGGGACUCGCCGGAAAACCCUUUCCAAACACUCAAGCCGGCGCCGGCGAGGGCCCGCAGCGCCCCCAUCACGCUGCCCGCCGAGCCCAUCGACCCCGCCAAGGGCCCGGCCGCCGCCAGCCCUCCGAAGAGCGGCGACGCCGUCUCCUCCGUGUCCUCCGUGUCCUGGUCCCAGAACCAGUGGAUCGCCUUCAGCGAUAAUUUGGCUCCGGCUCGCCGCCAGGGCUCGGGGCCGCCGGCGAAGGACCCCCAGGGGCCUCAGUCCGGCUCCGGCAGGUCGUGUUGCUUCCUGUCGGAUGAGUCCGCCGAGGCCUUCUGCAAAGCGGCGGGCGGCGGAGGAGACGGCGAGCCCCGUUUCUUUGGCGUCUUCUCUGGGGUUACAGAUAGGGCAGCAGCUCCAUCAGGCAAAAUAUUCAAUGUGCCGCUACCGAACCGACCGACGACCCCGCUGACGGCCGGGGGCCUGGUGCCCCCGCCCCGCCCCUCCUCCAGGCCCAAACUCCCCACGGGGAAACUCACAGGCAUCAAUGAGAUUGUACGGCCGUUCAGCCCGCCCAAGCUGUCCAACGCCAGCCCUCCACCUGCUGCGCCUCUCGCCCGGGCCGAGAGCUCCUCCUCCUUGUCCUCGAAUGCAUCGCUCAGCGCCGGCAACACCCCCACCGUUGGAGCUGAGCACACCUUUGCCCUCCCCCAUUCCUCCCCAGAUCCAGAGCUGCUCCCCCUCUCACCUUUCUUUCUGCUCAGCCAAAAGGACGAUGUGUUCGUAGCGAAGCUGCCUACGUUUGAGAAGCGGUGUGAAACACCAGCAGGGACGUCUCGCGGUCCCAGCCCUGUGACCUUGGCGUCUCUCGAUGCCUUGCCCAUCGCCGUGGCCUUCACCGAGUCGGUGAAUGCCUACUUCAAAGGAGCUGAUCCCACGAAGUGCAUCGUGAAGAUCACAGGGGACAUGACCUUUUCGUUCCCCAUGGGCAUCAUCAAGGUGUUCACCACCAACCCGUCCCCGGCCGUGCUCACCUUCAAGCUGAGGAACACCAGCCGGUUGGAGCAGAUUUUACCCAACCAGCAGCUGCUGUACAGUGAUCCUUCCCAAAGUGACUCAAAUUCCAAGGACUUCUGGUUCAACAUGCAAGCGCUGACAUCCUACCUCAGGAAAUCUUCAGAUCAGAAUCCGACAGCUUCCUAUUAUAACGUGGACGUCCUAAAAUACCAGGUGCAGUCUGACGGGAUCCACUCCACGCCGCUCAACCUGGCCGUGUACUGGAAGUGUGGCGCCAGCGCGUCCGACCUGCGGGUGGACUACCGCUACAACCCGGAGUCCAUGGCCGCGCCCGGCCCGCUGUCCAACGUCCAGAUCUUAGUGCCCGUCGACGGAGAAGUCACCAACAUGCAGUCGCUGCCCAACUCCGUCUGGAACCCGGAGCAGAACAAGUGUCUGUGGAAGCUGAGCGACAUCUCGGAAAAGUCUGACAAUGAAGGCGCCGGGUCCCUGAGGGCCAAGUUCGAGCUGUCGGACGGCCCGUCCAGCCCCACCACCCUGGCGGUGCAGUUCAUGAGCGAGGGCAGCACCCUGUCCGGGGUGGACCUGGAGCUGCUGGGGCCCGGAUACCGACUGUCCCUCAACAAGAAGAGGUUCGCCACAGGACGCUACAUGGCGGAUUGCUGAGGUCGCCCAAAUCCGAGGAACUCAAAUCUCGUUUCGGCGACUUUUUUGAACGAGUCUCCCCCGGAACCCUCCGGAUCCAUCGGAGCUGCGGUCCCGGGAGGCGAGAAUCCCACCACAAGAAAAAACAGCACUGAGUAUUGAACACUGUUUGAGAAAAAGAAAAAGAAGACUAAAGAUGAGCUUUCAGGAAUACGUGUGGAUAUACGAAAUCUAACAACGCUUUCUGAUCAAUUCACUUUUGUACAGUCGGAAAACAAUUUACGGAUUAGAUAUAAAUCUAUAUUGUAUUUGAAAUCACACAAAGAAAAGAAGAAAAAAACGUGCACUAACAAUCUUCCGGAUACUCUUCUUCUCGGUAUUCGUCUUUCAAGAGCUUUUAAGGAACAUAACACAAACCCCGUGUCCGUGGUCCGUCCUCUGAACUCUACAUAUUAGCGCCGAUCAUUCUGCUCGACCAGCUCAAACCAGUUCUGUUUACUGGUCCUCUUCCUUUCCCGCUCGCAAUGAAGCAAUGAAGCAAUGAAGGUGGAAUCUGAAACGGGACUCACACACUUAUGGCACAAGCUUUAUCUCUUAAAAUCCCACUGAAGUGCUUUCAAACUAACGCCUCCUCUUAAAAGUGCAUCGAGGUUUUAUCUAAACGUGGGUUUCCAGAUUUAAACUCUGCGGUCGAAUGCAUGGAGUGUGUUUCUAAUUUUUUUUAAACAAUCCCUGUGAUCCGUGGGGUGUUUUUAAAAAGAUUUUUAACUUGUUAAUUCCCCUCUCAGUCACGGCUUGUACUUUUAAAGUGUUUAAGCCUUUUUUAAUUUGUCUACUUUAUGAAAGAAAUCUGCUAUCCUGACUGUAAAAAACGUUUUUUAAUGUUUAGCUGCUUUAAAAUCAAAACAAAAAAAAGAAGAAUGAAGGGACAUUACCCUCAAAAUGUAACCUGCAGCAUGUUUUUGUAAAACUGCCAGUGUUUUUUUUAAAUUGUGCCCCAUUAAUAGAAAAAUGUGCCUGAAUCAAACUCUUUUUAAACGUUUUUAUUACACAGCACAUUUAUGAAGAAUAGCACCAACACAGUGCCAGUUGUUUUGUUUUUUUUACUCCUUUUUUAUCCGGAUGUCGAAGGGAAAAUGUCUCUUUCUACAACCCGACUGUCUUCCAAAAAUGAACGAGUCACGUUUGCCUUCUGCGAUAAGAGUUUGACCACCGGACUCUUUUUUUUCCCCUAUCUCGUCUCUCUUCUUCCCGACGCCCGUCGGUGGACCUGAACCUCUCAUUCGCUUUCCAAGUGAGCACGCAGUAGCACAACGGGGCCCAACCGGUGAUGGGAACACGCCUUAUCCCACCUCCUCCGGCGCCGAGUAAUCCAGUGCUGUUGACUAGACCGCCUUCCUGCCCCCCCCCCCCCCCCCCCGUCGCCUCUCACCCAGUGCAUGCUGGGAUAAGCCUCUGUGCUUCUUCGUUCUCGUCUUUUACUAAUGAAGGCUGCUGCUGGAGAAGCUGUCGUACUUCCUGACAGGAGUAGUUCUAUGUUGUCUUUGUUGUUGUUGUUGUUGUUGUUUUUUACCCAUCGACCUCAACCGUGUCAUGAUCCUUUUUUAAUUGGUUAACGAUGCUGUGAUGUUUCACACACGGGCCAAAUGACAUCUCGGAUAAGAGUUAAAGAAGUUUAACGUUUCACACCAGGCGUAUUUCUUGCUGCAGAGACUCUGAGGCUCGGGUAGUUUAUAUCUGAUUUAAAUCUCACAUCCGUACUUGAUUCAUUGAUGUCUCACGUGAUCAUUUUAUCUGAUUUCAUUCGUCAUAUCUGGGAUCGUCUCCAGCGUGUCAUGUUUUUGUAUAAUUCCGGUGUCAGACUUUGAUAAUAAUAUAGCGGCGGACAUUAACCUCAGAUGGACGAUGGAAUCAUCCAUUCAAGUUGAGUUCGCUGAACCCUAAAUUUUGUAUCUCGCUCUGGACUUUUAAUCAGCCAAAUCUCUAAAGCUAUUUUGAAAUGAAUGCGUUUACAUGAAAUCGUAAAAUUGUACAGUCGGCAUGUCACUUUGUGUUUUCUCCUCAUUAAUGAUGUCACUCGGUAGUUUUAGUCCGAUGAGACGAAGGCAUAUUAAAAAAAGAAGAGAUUCAGUCAUCGUGUUCAGUAUUAGCAAGCUGGUUCUUGCUGUCUCGAAAAAACUUACAAAAUUAACUUCCAAUGGUCCUUUUUUUUGUCACUUUCACUUCCUUUAUAUGUUGAACAGAGUUUAAAGAGUGCAACAUUAUGUAAAUGAUCCUCAGAAAUUGUAAAUUUGUACCAAUAUCUCAGCCACUUUUUGUCUCUACUUUAUGAUUUUUCAUUGUGUCUCUGUUAAAUGUAAUAUAUGAAUAUAUACAAAUAUAUUAAAAUGACUAAGAGUG